UACUUUCUCUUUUCAUUCACUUAUAAAUAGUCCAAUUCAUUUCCAUUUCAAUACAUCUUUCACAUUAAAACAAUUUUCCCACAAAACCAUAACAUAAAGAAAUGGCACACAAAAAUGUUUUGUCUCUCCUCCUUUUUGUCAUGCUCUUGUUGAUUAAUGGACAAGGAAGCUUUGCCCGAUAUAUGAUACAAGAGAAUGUAGAAGAAAUACAAGUUGCUCAACCUUACCUUGACGGUUGGCUCAAAAAUCCUUUGAAGAAUCAAAAACACAUUGCUAACUCUAACCAAGUUUACCUUGAUGGAUGGUUGAAAGAUACUCGGGCAGAGAAAACCAAAUCCUCCCAGGAUUCCGAUCAAGUCUAUCUUGAUGGAUGGUUGAAAGAUAUCAGAGCAGAGAAACCAAAAUCGACCUCUGAAUCCAACCAAGUUUACCUUGAUGGAUGGUUGAAAGAUACUCGAGUUGAGAAAACAAAAUCUACUGGUGACUCCAAUCAAGUUUAUCUUGAUGGAUGGUUGAAAGAUAUCAGAGCCAAGAAAGAAAAGUCCACACCUAACUCCAACCAAGUUUACCUUGAUGGAUGGUUGAAAGAUACCAGAGCAGAGAAACCAAAAUCGACCUCUGAAUCCAACCAAGUUUACCUUGAUGGAUGGUUGAAAGAUACUCGAGCUGAGAUAGCAAAAUCUACAGGUGACACCAACCAAGUUUAUCUUGAUGGAUGGUUGAAAGAUAUCAGAGCUGAGAAAGAAAAGUCAAUACCUAACUCCAACCAAGUGUACCUUGAUGGAUGGUUAAAAGAUACUAGAACAGAGAAAGCAAAAUCCACUUCUGAAUCCAACCAAGUUUAUCUUGAUGGAUGGUUGAAAGAGACCCGAGUUGAGAAAGCAAAAUCUACAGGUGACACCAACCAAGUUUAUCUUGAUGGGUGGUUGAAAGAUAUCAGAGCUGAGAAAGAAAAGUCAAUUCCUAACUCUAACCAAGUUUACCUUGAUGGAUGGUUGAAAGAUACAAGAGCAGAGAAAGCAAAAUCCACCUCUGAAUCCAACCAAGUUUACCUUGAUGGAUGGUUGAAAGAUACCCGAGCUGAGAAAGACAAAUCUACCCCUGACUCCAACCAAGUUUACCUUGAUGGAUGGUUGAAAAAUACCAAAGCUAAGAAAACAAAAACCAUGUCUGACUCCAACCAAGUUUACCUUGAUGGAUGGUUGAAAGAUUCCCGAACUGAGAGAACAAAAGUUACCCCUGACUCCAACCAAGUAUACCUUGAUGGAUGGUUGAAAGAUACCCGAGCAGAGAAAACAAAAUCCACCUCUGAAUCCAACCAAGUUUACCUUGAUGGAUGGUUGAAAGAUACCCGAGCUGAGAAAGACAAAUCUACCCCUGACUCCAACCAAGUUUACCUUGAUGGAUGGUUGAAAAAUACCCAGGCGAAGAAAACAAAAACCAUGUCUGACUCCAACCAAGUUUACCUUGAUGGAUGGUUGAAAGAUUCCCGAACUGAGAGAACAAAAGCUACCCCUGACUCCAACCAAGUAUACCUUGAUGGGUGGUUGAAAGAUACCCGAGCAGAGAAAACAAAAUCCACCUCUGAUUCCAAACAAGUUUAUCUUGAUGGUUGGUUGAAAGACACCCGAGCUGAAAAAGCAAAAUCCUCCUCUGACUCCAACCAAGUUUACCUUGAUGGAUGGUUGAAAGAUAUUCGAGCUGAAAAAACGAAAUCCCCCUCUGACUCCAACCAAGUUUAUCUUGAUGGAUGGUUGAAAGACAUUCGAGAUGAGACAACAAAAUCUACCUCUGAUUCUAACCAGGUUUAUCUUGAUGGAUGGUUGAAAGAUAUCUGAGCUGAGAAAACAAAAUCCACCCCUGACUCCAAACAAGUUUAUCUUGAUGGAUGGUUGAAAAAUACCCGAAACUAGUUCAUGUCUUUGUUAAUCAAUAUCUAUGUCAUUUUGAAAACUUUUCAUGUUUCUCAUAUGUUUUUAAACUCCGUGCUACGUAAAACCUUAUUUCUAUGUAUUAAGUGAGAUCUCGUUUGUGUACUAAAUAAGUUAUUGUUUCUAUGAACUAGUUGUUUGUGUUUUAAAAUAAACUUUAAUUUAAUUUGAUAAA